CUGUCAGCUGUAGUGUUAGGGAAAUAAGGUUGUGGAAGUAACAAUAUAGAAUUUUAUCUCGAUUUAUGUUUUUAUAUGUAUAAUAAAACUUUCUUUGCCUAAUUACCAAUUUUCCGUAUAAUACGUUAUUGAAGAGCAAAAAAGUGAAAAUCAGUUUUAUUUUUGUACAGGAACUACUAUAGUUCUAUCUUGUACUUUGUUUCUUCUAAUUUUAGAAGAGGGAAGUGACUGUGUUGAGAUCUAAAUGUGUGUAGUUAAAUCGCACGAAACUGUUGUAACAUCUCAGAAAUAACGUGGAAGAAUUGUUAAUCUGUGUAUGCCUAGCGUUAAGGAAACAAACUGGAUAACAAGGCGCUCGAAAUUGGGUACAAGCCGAGUCCGGCAGGGGCGCUGACCCCACAGAAAAAGAUGAAGAAGCGAAAGGAGCUCAAUGCGCUGAUCGGGCUCGGAGGGGACAACAAGAGGAAAAAAACAAAGAAAGGAUCCGGACACAGACUUCUAAGGACAGAGCCCCCUGAUUCUGAUUCCGAGUCCAGUUCCGAUGACGAAGAAUUCAGUAAUUCGAGCAGCUCCUCAGCGUUUGCAAAGAGAAGCUAUGCACAGUGUUGCAACAUUUGCUACCCCUUGUGUGCGUUCAUCAUUCUUGCUGCUUGUGUGGUGGCCUGUGCUGGCUUGAUAUGGAUGCAGAUUGCAUUAAAGGAGGAUCUAGAUUUACUGAAGGAAAAACUUCAUGCAAUGGAGUCCAGCCAAAAGGUAUCAUCACAGGAGAUACCCAAACUCAACGAGGACCUUCUAGAAAAACAGAAAAGGCUUGAAGAUGUUGAAAACGGGGAGAAGGGGAUAAAUAAAAUUUGGUCAAAUAUAACUGAGAUAAACAAGAAGAUACACGUGCUUGAUUCUGCUGUCACCCACUUAAAGGGAAACAUUAAAUCUGCCUCAGAUUUGAUUAAUCUUCCAACUACUGUUGAAGAGCUUCAAAAGAGUGUUGCCACAAUUGGAAGUACAUUAACAAGUGUGCAGCAUGAUGUUGAAACUAUGCAGACAACUCUGGAGGAACAGAAAAAAACAGUGGACGUGCUUCAAAACAUGGUUGAAAGAGAGAAUAAACAAAAUAAAGAAUCAAGUAGAACGUCCUCUGCAGCAGAACAGGCAUCCAGCAAUUACACAUCAUGUUUAAUACUUAAACAGGAAGUACUCUAUCUUCAUGACGCCAUUAGUGAAGUUAAUGCCUCCCAAGUGUUUUACCACUUACAGAGUGAUGAACAGAUGCAUAGUGUGAAUUCAACCAUUAGCAACCUCACACAGAGAAUGUUUUCAUUAGAAAAUUAUUUUCUCCUCUUUAAUAUUACACAUCCAUCCCGACACAACUUGAGUUUGAUGGACACCAGAGUUAAAGAACUGAGAGAAAAACUCCAGUUAAUAGAUGCCAUGAAAAGUAAACCAGAUAGUGAUGUCCCUCCAGACAGAAAAGGAGAAAAUAAAGAAUCAAAACAAAUAUAUGAUGAUUCUGGUAAAAUGACAAGUACAGAAGUACCCUCUGAUGAUUCUGAUACUGGAAAAGCACUGGAUAAAGAACAUCCUUCAGAUACCACCAAAAUAGCUAAUAGUACGCACCCUAAAGACAGUAAAGAACCUGACAAUCAACAACUUCUCAAUGGAAAUGCAACAAAACAAAAAAGCGAACAUAUUACUGAGGAUAUUGGCAUGAUAUCAGACAAGCAAAGUCAUGUGAAAGGUUCUCUAGUUGAAGCUGCUGCAACCAUGGAAAUUGGAAAAUCUGCUGUUGAUUCUACAAAGGGUAACUCUAGUAAUGUUUCAGCAUCAAACACAACUAGACUUCCAAGAUUUCUAUCACGUGCAGUCUCUAGAAAAGAAACCAGAAGUGUGACCAAAAGACUCUUAGAUUUGCCUGGAAUUCACAGUUUAAAAGAUUUGGAUAAUGUCUUCCUUAGGUUAGGAAAAAUCUCUGAUGAAGGGCUCUCUUAUGAUGACCUGAAAGCAUAUUUUGGAUCUUCAACACCAGAAAUUCAAGAAUUGGAAACUUUUGAUUUCGACAACAAUCAGAAGUACUCUCAGGCUGAGCUCAUGGCUGCUGUAGGAUUAUGAGAAACAAUGUAGGAAUGAAAGUAUUAACUGGAAUUGUUUUGAAGUUCUUAGGUUCUCAAGACUUAAUUGCUGAUGUUGCACUUUUAAAUUAGUAUUUUAUCAGUCUGCAAUACAACACUUGCACUCAUGUAUGACUUCCUGCAUGGUACAAAUAUACCAUUAUAAAAUCUCAGAUUAUUCACAUAAUUUUUGGUGUGGUAUUGACUUGGCUAUCAAAGUUGUUUUAAAGUAGCCAAGAGGGAAAAAAGGAACAAUAAUGCAAUCCUUUAUUUUUUUUUCUGAAAUUAGAAGUCUAGGUUCAAAUAGCACUGCAAGUUUACAUACGUACUAAAAGCUUUUUCACUUGAAUUUGAUUACUUAAUUGAAAAAUUGAAACAUUCCUUAACUUUCUAAUUUUUAGUGACCAGCUGCUAAAACAUAUACUGACGACAAUUGAGGAUAUUACUUGUUUUUUUGGCGGCAAGUUAAUGUAAACAGAUUGUCACUAAUGUUAAUUCCUGCCUGUCUGGAGUUUGUAUAUACAACUACAGCCAUGUAGAGUUAUAAUUGUUUAUAUUUCAAUAUUAUAAUUUGAUCAUGUGUUAUUUAUUGUUUUGAGUGAAGCUGUAUCAUAUUACUGCUUUCUAGACCCAACCUUUAUGAUAUAAUCAUUUUAAUCCCUUUGAGUUUACAGUUUACAUAUAUCUAAGGUUGGAAGGGCUAUAAAUAAAAGCUUUGUAGGUUGUCAGAAAAAAGUAAUUUUAAUAGCUUUCAUCAUAUAUAGCAAUAAUAAUCAGUCCAACGCUUUACUGAACAUAAAGCUCGACUAUCCAACUUUGAUUUUGCAGGGUGUAAUCUGAAAGGCUGAUGUGUACAAA